GGAAUACAGGGGAAAAGUAUUUGCCACGUCCUCCCAACUUCCUGAGAAACAAACCCUCCCCCUAAAUAGGCAGCUUUGUGAAGGUCUGUUGGAUGGUAUUUCCAGUGUCUGCAUGAGGAUCCAAAAAGUACUUCUCUUUUUAGUAAAAUGAAAUAAUGUGAAUGCAGUUACCUCAAUGCCACAGAAGUCCAGGAUGGGUCUCAGCUCAGCCAUCCUCGUCUUAUCAGCAGCUGUUUCCACACUGGGUGGCUUGAUAUUUGGAUAUGAACUAGGAAUCAUUUCUGGUGCCUUAUUGCAGUUGAAAAUAGACUAUUACCUUAGCUGUUUUGAACAAGAAGCUCUUGUUAGUGGAGUGUUGAUUGGAGCUCUUCUUGCCUCACUGGUAGGUGGUGUGGUCAUUGAUCGAUAUGGACGAAGAUCCUCCAUACUUGUCAGUAACCUGGUGGUUUUCGCUGGGAGCCUUAUUUUAGUUUAUGCCAACUCAUUUUGGUGGCUAGUUGUUGGACGUAUAAUCAUUGGGUUUGCCAUCUCCAUCUCAUCCAUGGCAUGCUGUAUUUAUGUCUCUGAAAUAGUACAGCCAUACCAGCGUGGCAUGCUUGUCUCUCUUUAUGAAACUGGCAUCACAGCUGGCAUUUUACUUUCAUAUGCAAUGAACUAUGUUUUAGCCAAUGUGAAUCAGGGAUGGAAAUACAUGUUUGGAUUAGCUAUUGCCCCUGCAAUUGCACAGUUUAUUAUAAUCUUGUUCCUGCCAUUGAAUAUGCCUAAACAGAGUGCACAGAACUCUGAAACAGAGAAUGGAUUUAUUCAGUUACAGAAUAUUGAUGAAAGUGAAGGAGUAUUAGAUCCAAAUGAGAGACGAUACACAUUCCUUGACCUCUUCAGCGCUAAAGACAAUAUGAGAACAAGGACUAUAAUUGGUCUAGGAUUAGUGCUAUUCCAGCAGUUAACAGGACAACCUAAUGUACUUUAUUAUGCAUCGACUAUAUUUCGCUCAGCUGGUUUUCAGAGCAAUUCCUCUGCGGUUCUGGCAUCUGUUGGACUUGGAGUGGUAAAAGUUGUCUCCACUUUAGUUGCUAUGAGCUGUGCAGACAAAGCAGGAAGAAGAAUUUUACUUAUUGUUGGAUGUAUAGUGAUGGCAAUUUCUGUAACAGGAAUUGGGCUUGCAAGCUUUUCUAUUAAACUGGACACUCCCAGAGGCUGUGAAUUAGUUGCACGUUUAAAUACAUCUGUUGAUCUUUCAAAUUCUGCUGGAAUGUUCGACUCAUUAAAUUACGUGACUGGUCCAAAAGCAACAGCGUAUACUCAGCAAGUCCACCAGAGCAUUUCAAUGACUAGAGAAGUGAGCUUUACAUCAUCUGGUAUUAGCAACACCACAACUCUAAUCUCAGGUUCCUCUUCUACUUGGGACAAGGAAACUAGAAAGGUCACAGACUCUCCUGUCAGCUCAGAUUUGUCUUUGUUGAACUGGAUUAUUUUGUUAAGCAUGAUGGCAUUUGUAAGUGCUUUCUCCAUUGGAUUUGGACCAAUGACCUGGUUAGUCCUUAGUGAAAUCUAUCCAGCUGACAUACGUGGACGAGCCUUUGCGUUUUGCAACAGUUUUAAUUGGGCUGCAAAUUUGUUUAUCACUCUAACAUUCCUAGAUGUCAUUGAAUCUAUAGGUAUGUCCUGGACUUUUCUAAUAUAUGGUUUAAUGGGAGUAGCUGCUGUCAUAUUCAUUUAUAUCUUCAUUCCUGAAACAAAAGGACAGUCCCUUGAAGAAAUUGAUAAACAAUUCUCAGCAAAAAGGUUACUAAAAAGAAGUCAUUUAUGGGAAAGACUCCAAUGGUGCCAGUUUUCUGGUCCAAAAUACCAAAGAAUGGAAAUAUCACGUGCCUCCUUGUCUAGCGCUUCCAGCAGUUCAUAGAUCUGAUUUCUGCAGAUGCUUCUAGUGUGGACUUUUGUGUGACUUAACAUUACAGUCAGUGGAUUGUGAUUUAAACAAUGAAUGCACAGUAAUAUCAAUGACGAGCCACCAAAGAUAUUUAUAUUUGAAAUGAGGAAUUCAAAAUGGUAAUACUGCAUUACUUUUUCUUUCAACCCAAGUGUUCCAUUCUACUGAAAAGCUCAAAAUCAACGAUCCUGGUUGGGGCCUGAUCUAUCUAUUUCAGUAACAAACAGAAUAACAGUUCCAAAGCACACACUUCUUUCAAUAUAGUGUAACUUUAGUGUUGCAAAUCCAUAAUAUACAAACACAAAUAACAUGUUGUUGCCAGUCAGGAGUAUGAUAAUGUCUUUUUAGGAAUAUGUAGUGCUUAAAGGAACCACGUAGUGAGAAAAAAAUGUUCUAAUUCAUUAGGCCAUGUGAUUUCUUUCACGCGCAAAGGGAUUAAACAUGAAGGUUAAGUCUUGCUUUCAUACCUUGAGCUGAACACAGACAGUGAUUGGCAAGUUUGUGUGACUGUUGCUGAAAAUUGUCUCACUGGCUGCAGAGAACUGCUCUACAGAGCAGGACUUUAUCUAUGUGUUUACCCAUUUAUAGAGUUAAACAUAGAGUUCCAGGGGGAGUAGGGAAAAGAAUUAAAUUCUGUAACAGAUUAGUGCAAGUCAUUUUUCCAGUAUAAGAUCCUUUUAAAGGGUCAUACAAGUGAGUUUGGCAUACAGAGCAGUGGAUUUCAAACUCACUUUUGAAGCAUCUUAUUAAUAUGCUUACAUUAGCAAAAACACUUCUGAGAAAUGUUCUAAUGUGAAAAAUUAAUGUUUCCUUAGUAGCAUUUUUAUUGCAAAUUUACUUUUCUAAAACUUUAAAGACUCCAGAAAAGUAAAACUAGUUCUAAUAUUUAUUUAAAAUGAGUCGUGAAGUUUGUUUUAGUCAUUUUAAAAUAAAACAAGUUACUGUAUAUUGCCACUAGAUGGUGCCGGUAACUUUUAUUUGAGUCUGUUUUCUGUUUUUGAGAUGAAGAGACCAAAAUAUAAAUUAUUUCGAAUAAA